UUCCGCAGGAAGUUACGAUGUUGUUCCCUGCCAAAUUGUUUUGAUUAAAGAUGUGUUUAAUGCCAGGCUUCGAUUUUAGGGAACGUUUUUAUAUAGCUGGUGAUGUUGUUGGUCAGAAAUAAGCGUUAACAGCAGACCUUCUUGACGUGUCAUCUCCUUGCUUGUUUUCUUCAAACUGAGGCCAAGAAUGAAGUAAAGAUUCCAACCAGUGACUAGGGCUCUGACAUAGAAGUUGAAGUAAUGGUGGGAUUCUAUUGCCAAGUCUGCAGGCAGACCUUCUUUGAAGGGAAGGGCCACAUAUAUGGGAAGACGCAUCAGGAGCGGCUGAAGAGAAUAUUGGCUAAGUUCUAUGAGAAGGUAAAGGAGGCCCGCAAGACGAUUAAGAAUCCUGCAGUGGUCAAAUUUGAUAGUACUAAGCACUUGGUCAACAUGUGGUGUCACUGCUGUCAGCAGGAACUCCUAAAGCACACGACCAAUAACAAUGUCACUGUCCUUCAUGGGGGUCUGUUGGAGCAUAUGGCCAGUGCCGAGCAUAAAAAGAAAACGGGAGCAUUCUGGUGGGAAUGUAAUGCAGAUCAGAAACUGAAAUCGAAAUUUCUUGUUAGUGAAGAAGAGAUUGAAAAAUUCAAAACUGAAGUUGCUAAAGCCCUGGAUUCAUAUGAGGAGAAAGAAGAUGAGUACAUAAAACAGCAAGCUGCCCAUAUCCGCGAGGUAGAGCAAAGACGUCUGGAAAUCUUGCAGUCCUCCAUAGAGCCUGAGAGUGCGGCCGGAGCUGUCUGCGGAGAGCCUGAGUGUGGAUCCCAGGAACCUGGCAACAGCAGCUCGGCCUUCUCCUGUGGUUAUAUAGGACCGGUGGUAGAAGAGGACACAACGCUGCAUCACUUGGAGGAACCCAAUUGGGAAGACGUUACUCACCCCUUAACGUUCAUUGGCCAUCAGGAUGCUUCCAUGGGAGGAAAUAUUCAUUCAGGUGCCACCCCACCCUGGCUUAUGGAUGAUCCAGAAGAGGGAAGUAGUGCUGUAAAACAGAUCGGACCAUCUCAUGAAGAAUUUGUCAAACAUAAGGAACUAGAAAAGCUUCGGAAACUUCCUCCUAACCGUGUUGGAGCUAAUUUCGAUCAUGCUUCCCAGACAGAUGCAGGUUGGCUGCCCUCCUUUGGUAGGGUGUGGAACAGUGGCCGGCGUUGGCAGUCUCGGCAUCAGUUUCGAGCAGAAGAAGGAGCAAACAAGUCUGGUCAGAAGAGAAAGAAAGAUGAUCCAUGUAAAGAAAAAAAGAAACCAAAGCAGGAGCCAUGGGAUUCAUCUCACAACUCUUGAAGGUCUCAAGACAUUUUCAGUUGUGUAACAUGACAGCCAGA